AUGGUAUUUGUUGUUUUCCGACUAGUUAGUGAUGCAGAAGAUCGCUUGUUCAAGAAUAAUAUUUUGGAGCCGCAGGUUUGAACUUUAUUUGGUUCUAAAUCUAAAUUCUGUUUCAUUUAUAGAUUUCUCGCGUUGACCUUUUCAACCGGAUUGAGCACGUGACGAAGAUACCCAUCGAAUAUCAAGAGAUCAAAUAUCGUGGUGAUGAGCUACCCGACUCUUUACAUCCCCUCGAAUCGAUCAAUGAGUUUGAGGAACUUACUGUGGUAAGUUGUUAUUUUAUCUUUAGAAUUUACUGUUUCUUGUUAGGAUGUAUAAUUUUGUUUGUGUGGUGUACGUGAACUUUAAAACUGGAACAAAUAAAUAUUUCACACUAUUUUGACAUUUUUAAUUUUUCAGCGGCACUCCCAACUCUCUACGUGGGCAGCUUUGUUAGAUCGAGAAGCAGCUUUCUCACAAUCACACGAGCAAGAAUUAAAGAAAUCGAUUCACCUGGAUGCCAAAACGCUAAUCGAAAACUUGGUGCAAUCACGUUUCUUUCUGGUUUACCCUAAUUUGGGAACAAGACGAUUCGCCAUUGAAAAAAAGUUCAUUACAUUCUUUGAUCGCAAAGUAGAACAGAUCAGGUAAGUCGUAGUUAGAUAUUCUUUCAAAAAAAUCAUGGUUAAUAUUUAGAGAUGUUGUCGAGCUUUCUUCUCAAAGGUCUAUGGUGAGAAGAGCAAGGUGACUUUCGACUCGCGUGAGGAUGGGUCUCGUGCUGGAUGUAUUUGUAUUGUGGACGACGGGUCAACCAUUUGCCGAUUCUUUAUAAAAACUCACCAUGGAGCUGGCGACAAGUCAUCACGUAAGUUUGGCUCAUAAAUUUAAAUUUUUCAUCGUCAAAAUUUCAGACUCGCAGUAUGACAUUGACAUCAAAGAACUGUUCGUAUAUACAUUUCUGGAGGCGCUCAAAAUGGGGGCUGAGAUCCAGUUCAUCAGCAAUGAAUUGUUUUCGAGAUGGAUAAUCUUCCUAGCAAGCAGAGAAGUACCAAAUUUCUCAACACUCGAAGUCCUGGAACUGACUGAACCAGAAUCUGUUCAAAGAUACUCCAAAUCCGUUGUGGAGAUGUUGUGUGCGUAUUCUAUUCUUAUGCUGGCUGACCAUCACACAGCAAACAUGGGCUUCGACUCUGAGCUGAAUCCGUAUAUUCUAGACUUUUUCAUUACUGGAAGGAGAUUAACUGCUGUCCGAGACAUUCACGAUGGCGUGAGAAUGUCGAAGAUAAUCAAGUAA